GGUGCUCAUGAAAUGAAAAACAUUUUAUCUACUUCUCAGGAAAAUGGGUAAAUUUUGGAAUAUUAGGAAGUAUGCAAUAAAAUUUUUAGGACAUAACUGUUGCACUUGUAGAUACUGUCAGAUGGUUCUCUUAAAGAUUUGUUGCUGGCUGCAUCGUACUAGUCCAAUUGUUUGCCUAUUGCACGAUUUUCAAAAAGGCAAAAGUGUUGUGGAACACAAUUGAACAAGACCAAGAUUGAGAGAGAGAGAGAGCAAAUUUGGAGGGACCAAAUAUCAAUUUUUUCAAUAUCAAUGUUUAAGUAUUACAAUGUAAAACCUUCUUUAUUUGGGUUUAAACUAAUCAAAUUUAGGUAGGAAACAUUUAAUUAAAUAAUAGAAAAUCUAUUAAAUAAAACCUUAAAUUAUGUUUCCUAUAGUAAGUGCCCUAUUUGGAAAGUAUUCCAUAUAAUAUCUCUACUGUGAUUUCCAUAAAAAAGAUUCAAGUUUUUGGCAUUUCGUGGAUUAAUAAGGCAUGACACAUUUCAAAUCAAGUUUUCCUUUUUGCCAAAAUUACUUAAAUGUACAGCGUGAUGUGUAUGUGUGGUUAUCCUCCUUUUUUACAGGUUAGAGAGGGAGGGUAUGAUCACAAGGUGAAUGAGACUGUCAGUGUUGUGACUGCAAAGACAUCAGAAAUCGGACAAAAGACUUGGGGAAUCAUGAAAGGGGUAAUGGCUCUAGCUUCACAAAAGGUUGAGGAAUACACCAAAGAUGGAUCUGGCUGGAAGAAUGAUGGCUGGCAACGGAACGAGAGCGAAAGAAACGGUUACUUUCAGGAGUUUGGAGAGGAAUCUAAAGGAUGGAAUCAUUCUCCUGGAGUGCAACAGUCAUCUGGUCGACAAUUUAACUCUGUCAGCUCUGGCUCCUGGGAUGAUUGGGAUAGUAAAGACAAGAAAGAAGAAUCGUCUAAGGGAACAAUGCACCACGAUGGAGAUAGCUGGGCAGGAUGGGAUGAUGCAAAAGAUGACGGAUCUGAUAAUUACCAUCAAAGUGCAUCUGAUCACAAGGCUAUCGGUUAUAAUGGAAAAUCGGAUAACAAGUGGUCAGAGGGAGGUUUUCUUUAAGGUUAGCAUAUCUCAUUCACAAUUAUUUUUCAAAAAAAUUUCCCUUCCAAAUUUAGCGCUGUCUUUUAGACUUGUUGGAAGGCUUGUGUGUUCAAGAGAGUUUAAAAUUGCCCCCAAAGUGUGUGUAAUGCUUGAUUUGUACUGCCAGGAUAGUUCUUUUGUGGGUUUCAAAAUUAAGACAGCAUUCUGAUUUAUAUUGAAAUUAGUUGCUUUUUUAAUGUU